CUGAAAGAAAUUCAAGUGUGGACAGAAAAGGGAGAGAGCAUAGCACCUCCCACGUCCUAUGUGAGAGAGAGGGAGAAAGGGGGAGAGAGAGAGAGAGAGAGAGAGAGUCUGCUGUGGUGGUGUUGGAAACCGGACGACAUGAGCUCUACAUGAACCGUGUAAAAUGCUUUAAGACGCUUUCGGCGUUUGUCUUUCAUCCGUCUAAACCAAGGACGAGCCUGAAGCGGAGCUUUACUUCACGACCAGGUGUAACACUGUCUUAAGCCUGAGGGGGGCAGAAUGCCGGAGCAGAGCAACGACUAUCGUGUGGUGGUGUUCGGGGCAGGGGGAGUGGGGAAGAGCUCCCUGGUCCUGCGUUUCGUGAAGGGCACCUUCAGGGACACCUACAUCCCCACAGUGGAGGACACCUACCGCCAGGUGAUCAGCUGCGAUAAGAGCGUGUGCACUCUUCAGAUCACCGACACCACAGGGAGCCACCAGUUCCCGGCCAUGCAGCGCCUGUCCAUCUCUAAAGGUCAUGCCUUCAUCCUGGUCUACUCCAUCACGAGCAAACAGUCCCUGGAAGAGCUCAAACCCAUUUACCAACAGGUCUUGGCCAUAAAGGGUAAUGUGGAGGCUAUCCCCAUCAUGCUCGUGGGCAACAAGAGCGAUGAGACCCAGCGGGAGGUGGAGACCAAGGACGGGGAAGCCCAGGCCAACCAGUGGAAGUGCGCUUUCAUGGAGACGUCGGCCAAGACGAACCACAACGUCACAGAGCUCUUCCAGGAACUCCUCAACCUGGACAAGAAGAGGAACAUGAGCCUCAACAUCGACGGCAAGCGCUCGGGGAAGCAGUCCCGUGCUGAGAGACUGAAGGGCAAAUGCAGCGUGAUGUAAAUCCAGGAGAGGAGGAGGUGGAGGAGGUGGGGGUGAGGGGUAGUGGGUGGAGGUACAGAGGAAAAAGAGGAAGCGAAGGAAGAUGAGAGAGAGGAGAGACUCACUAAACGUAUCACUCAGAGCAAAGCGUCUGGAAGGCAACAGGAAUCUCAUCAUCCACAUCCUCCUCCAUUUGACUGGUGCGUUCACAAACACCACUCAGCAGUUAUUUUGAAAACAUACAGGGUUUCAGUUUGGACCUUUUACAUCCGUGUGCGCGCUGCUAAAAGGAGAGAUGAGGGGCACCGUUGCAGAAUAUCGAGAAGCAAGUUAGUGCGUGUGUGUGUGUGGACUUUUGCAUUGUCCUUGUGCCACUAAGCCUGACUGAGGAGCUCAUCAAGACUUCAGACUGCAAUAAAGACCACAGACUGCAGCACUGCUUCAAAAAAUACUGAAAGCUCCUGAACUACACAAAACAUUUAGUGUCCUCUCUCACUUCUACACCCUCCCCUCCCUCCCUCAGCUCACACCUUAACUCGCCCUCGUCAUCCCAGCACCCUCAUCCUUUGCAUACCCCCUACUAUAACAAAUAUAGAGAAGCGUAAUGUAUAUGUAACAGAGUCGACACAGUUAGUUAAGCUCGCUAAUCUGGUAGAAACACUAUUUUAAGUGACUGAGUUGUCUGUCAUGCUAGAAAACACAGGACCCCGAAGGUUUGAGACUGCUAGCAUGAACGAUGUGCAUUACAGCAGCCAAACGUACGAUCAGCCCAGAGCCACUCUGGAGGACUCUGAUGUAUAUAAAUAUGGGAUGUUUGAAUGGGAUAUUUAAAUAUAUUCCCUCUAGUGUACACCUGCCCAAAAUCCAAACCGGUGUAUCAAUUAAUGCAUUAAAGUUUAAAUUAGGUCAAAUCAUCUCAUCUAAAUCAUCCCUCCUCAAAGAUAAAACAAGACCUUGUUUUAUCUUUCUCAAGCUGUCAUUAUGCUUAAAACUCCUCUGUGAACUGUCUGAAAAACAUCCAGCUGCAGGGUAUGCACACACGCUAUAGAUACGACGCAACAAUCCUUUUAAGACUCUCACAUAGUGUAGAAUAACUCGGGAUGAAAAGAAAGCUGGACUCACAUCAACACAGGAAAAACAAGUCUGCCUUGUCUACCAGGAUGAUACGCUUGGAUAAUCAUUUCCAAGCUGGUAAGAUGAAGGCGAACUGGGAUGAUUUUUGGUUCUGAGGUUCGAGAAUGUCAAUUUGCGGUGGCACUUUUCAUGUGAAGGUUUCUCUUCUUUUUGCCUUCUUUUUGUUUUUGUUGUUGUUUUGUUUUUUGCUUAAAUAUGCUCUUUAAAUUCAUGUGCAAGUUUAAAAAAACAAAAAAAAAACACCUUAAACGAAAAGCACAGAGAGUGAGAUAAAUAAAAAUGAGGGAUGGAUGUUAAAAUUGCUCCAUGCAGAUUAAUUCAGUGCUGGUGACCUGAAUUGGUGAUUCUGUUUCCUCCUUUGUCGGUUUGAUCACAAUACCUCUCGUAUGUUCAUGCAGGCGUCGGUAAACAGGAAACAGAAUGGGUCACACAUGUAUAAACACGCACGCAGCAUGCGAACAAAUACAUUCAUGCAAGUGUCACAAACACGCCAAUCUGAGUAACACUAGACGGAUUACAUGAAGACAAAAGGGGCUCGCUCAGCCUAAAUGCCCUCACAUUGCACUUUAUAUCAUAAACACACGCAAAUACACGCACACACACACACACACACACAAACAUACAACUGUAAUUUGUCAUGUUUUGCCUACAUUAUGUAUUAAUGAUCUCUGCUUAACACAGAAUAUCCUCCUGUAGCCAUUAUAGCUCUCCUGUAUGUCCAAAGUGCAUGUAUACACCCUUGUUUCAUGCAGGAGCUCUGAAUAUUGUACACGGUGUACACAGGACAGCCAAAAGCACAACACUUUUUUACCAACAUAUCUAUUUGUACUUUUUUUGUGUUUCGGUUUUUGUUUUUUUUGUUUUUUUCUGUAUAUUGUUUUGUCUUUUUUUUGUCUUGUGUGAUUUUCACCUUUAACAUUCAUUCACCGGUCCUGAACAUGGAGGAACAAUCGUAUCAUGAUCAUAGGUGUGUCUCUCCGUCUCGACGUACAUGUAAAGUGUUUUCUUCGUCCGGUACAUGGCACAAUGAGGUUGCGGUUCUGCUGAACAACAGGGUAUCGUGAUGUGACCGGUUAGCUGUGGUCGUGAAGUUGUGUAAAUGUGACGUCACCCCACUGGAUCGCCGCUCGUAGGACACAGAGGAGGUUUUCAGAUAUUCUCCACCUCUCAGGCGGUUUUAACAACAAUUUGGGUGGAGGAUUAUCUGCUCCUGUACUGUUAAACCCAAAGACACAGAUAAUUCCCCUUUUAACUGCGUGUCCAUCUCUCUGAAAAAAAAAAAAAAAAGACAAAAGCACAGCAACUGUUUUCAUCUGUUUCCUUCUCUGUCUUUACGUGUGCAGCAGAAUCAACAACUGGGCACUUUAGGGUGACAUUUUACUUGAAGACUUGCUUAUGAAUGCCUCAUUUAUAAGCACCAUGUAAAAUGUCCCUCCUGCAUUACUCAGCCCCCCUGACCCUCAUAAAAGUUAUUCCAAAUCUGUAGUUAUUGUAAAUAAGCAUAUGGUAGUUGAAUGAAAAUGUUUCUAAGAGCUUCAAGUAAGAUGUUACCCAUGUAAAGAAAAACUGUAUCCGCUGUCUUUCUGGGAUUGAGUCCUUUGUAACCAGGAAAUGUUGUUACAGUAGGAGGUUUGAUGUUGCUAUGUACUGUAAUAUACAGCUUAAUAACGAUGCUCAUGAUAUAUUGUAUUUGACGCAUCCUCUCUUCAGAUCUAUCAAUCAGAUAAUACUAGCAAAAUGUGAAUAUGUAACACUGAAGAUUUCACUCCAUGGCUGUUACCUUUUUUUUUUUAAUUUUUAAUUUUUUAAGCUGAAUGAAUCUGUUGUUAUCGAUGUGUUGUACUUUGCACCAAUGUGAGGUCCUGUUAAACUCAAAAAUUUACAUUGUAAACGUACCCUUUACUCGUUAGAUACCAGGGAUGCUCACUCAUACUCUUUCAUUGUCUUUUUUUUUUUUUAAUAUUUAAAAAAAAAACAAGUUGUAUUGGAAACUGUUUGUCUUAGUUUGUUUCAGCCUAUUAAGAUACAAGAAGGAUGGAGUGAUUUCUGUUAUGUACCUACCUGAUGUGUCCAUCUAAAGGUUACAAAGCUAAAAAUAAGAAGGAGGAGGGAAAAGAAAAAGCAGGAACGGUUCUGGUUUGAUCUGACUUGUAGCUACCAGCAGUUGUGAUGCACACCCUGCAUAAAUAUCAGCUUGACACCUCUGGUCGUUUCACGCAAAUGCCAGAUUGCGAGCGCAUGUUUCCGCAAUCUGUUGUCCUGCUGACGUCUGCAGGAGAUUGUCGUUGUUCAUGUUCCUGCGUGGAAUAUGAUACAGCAGGGAGGGAAAAACAAUGAGACGGCCUGCGAGAGCAGUAUGGAUGACAAGCUGGAGCGAGAGAGGGAGCUGGGCUAUUAAUAGAAAUAGUGUGGAAAAUAUGGAGUGCAACUGCACUGACCGUGUAGGCCUGUGUGGGAUUCAGAUGUGCUUGCAUGUGUGCAGAUGUGCAUGGGAAGUGUGUGAGAGUUUCCGGGUUGUGUGAGUUAAAUGUGUGCAUGAAUCAGGACAGACACCUCUGCCCUCGUCCUCCCAUGGCUUGUCCCAUCUCAUUCGUCAGUGAAGCAUAUUCUCUGCUGCUGCUGCUGUGUGUGUGCGUGUGUGCGUGUGUGUGUUUGUGAGUGAAAAAAGAGUGCGGUGCAUCCAUGUAUGUGCCCAAUCCGCCACCUAUUUGCAUUCCUUCACUCUGGCCUGCAUGAGUGUGAGUGUGGACGUGCUGUUGUUGUACCAUCUUGUGAAAUGCCUCUCAGAUAUUUGAAGCUUUCCUGUAGACAAUGCCUACACAUUUCUGCAUGAGUCAUUUGCUCACUGUUGAGGUUUUUCUGCUCUGCGUUGUUGUACAUGCACCACCGUCAGCGCUGCUUCUCCAUAAAUCAGCUCUCCGCCCCGCUGAAAUCUUAACUUUCUCUCACAUUCAUCCCUCCAAUAUUUUGCGUGUGUUGUUUGUGAGUCAGUUGCACUUGAACAGACUGAAGGCUGACCUUGCUCACAUCUGAUUGUAGAUAGUUGUAAAUAGUGUUAAAAAGACUUCAUACUUCUGAGAUGAGAGAGGAGAGGGUGCAAAGGGAAGGAUGCUGUGGUAGGAAGGUGCAGCCACCUGUGUUUCCUUCCUUUAGUCAAAGCGUCCAAUUCAAAGUAACACAGCAAAAGUAAGUUUCCUUCAGAGGAAACUUUAGGUCAACUUCAUCAGCUGUCAUGAAGUUGUUGAACCUUUUUCCCAAUGAUGCCAAGUUUUCUCUGCAAGAAAAACAGCUAAUUGACCUUAAAAGAGGACAUCUAUGGAGGACCAAAGUGUACAAUAUUAGAUUAAUGAAAUAUUAUAUUGGAAAUGAAUUUGACUAGAUACAGACAAAAUAUAUAACUAUUCUGUUUUUAUUCUAUUGUUAUUCUCAAUAUUUAAUUCUGCCUCUUUUCACAAGGAGUCAACAAUGACUUAAUUGCAGGUCAUUUCAUCAUUUAGUAUUUUAUUUUCAUUUCAUUUCAUUGAAAGGUUUUUAUUCCUAAUAUUUUCCAAGGUCUUUUUUUUUUUUAUUUCACAAUAAUAUUUUCCACGGUGAACAUUUAUUUUAUUAUUGCACUUCACAUCACAAAGUCAGUGUCCAUUAAUCAAGACAAACAGGGCAGAAUCUGCCCUGUGAUUGGAUGUCUUAAUCAAACCAAAGGAGCAGUCAGUUAAUUAACAGAAUGUUUACUUUGUUUUACUUUGAUGAGAUCCGACAUUGUAAAAUAAACAAUUGCUGGGAAAAUAGCAUCAUGAACUAAAAAUUGGUGGAAUUAAAUAAAGAUGUCCUAAGAUUAAUUUAUGCUAUAGUGAAAAGAAAAGCUUAAUUUUAAAAAAUAUUUCUUGAAUGAUUUUUUGUUUUAUGGCUAAAUUAUAUCUUUUUGCAAAAUUUCCUUAAUUAUGGAUUUCACAGUGUCAUAUUUAUUUGUUUGUUUAAUAUUGAAAACUUGGGGUCUCCAUAGAAAUCUACAUUGGCAGCACAAAUCAGGACAGUGCCAAGUUCGGCUCACCUUGUUUGCCAUCAGUGAGAUACUUACUGCUUGUGUUGCUGAAGAGUCUUGUACAGCAGAGGAAGUGUGGUUCACAUGUGUUCUUCCAUAGCAGGAUGGGAAAUGUGAGCCUGAGAUGCUGAAACGAAGGCCAGUCAGUAAAAUCUAACUACACAAGAAAGGUUGUGGUUUCCUAGUCUAAUUGAAGUGUGCUCCAUAAACUCAUUUCUUCCAACGAGGGCAGGUUAGAGUUCUGGUGAGUCGAGCGAAGAGGCAGAGAAUCUGAAGUAACUCAUUCUUGGAGGGCGAGUGGAAAACUGCCUCCAUUAAGCUCUCCGGCUCACCCCUUUACAUCUCGCCUGAUGGCCUCAGAUCCACAGAAGUUGUUUUUUUCUGGGGAUGAGGCGUAAAGUCGGGCAUAUAGACUUUGUGGGUAAUGUAGUUUGGUAUUAUCCUGUCGCUCUGGCCCUUCAUUCCUGCAUGGUCCCCAUUGGUGUUCCAGCCAGCAUGAGAUCAAGGACACAAACUGUGAAUCAUCUUUGUAUUUUUUAAAUAAAUUCCUCAGCAGCAUUUACGGCUUCGGUUUCGCAAAUGGUUUAUUUCUUUUAAGCACUUAUUGAUUUUUGUAAAUGAUUCUAUUGUUUUUGUUUGUUUUUCUGUUGGAACUUUUUUUUAAUUUAACUAAUUAUGAUGUAUAGAUAUUUAUUCUAGCAAUAGUCUUCCUAUUAAGAUAUACUGUGCUGAUGCAUCCUCUGAAUAACUGAAAAUAACAUAUAUAUAGAUGAUAAUAAUAAUCAAAUCUGCAAAAUGAUUUUCCUAAUAAAAAUGUGA